GUUUUAGAAGACAUAGAUACAUUGAUAUAUGCAAAAGACCUGCUCAUUUCAAACGAAGAUCGGGAAAUGUUGUUUGAUCAUUUGUUGGUACUUUUGAGGCAUUGGCAAAAUAAUUGCCAGUCGUGUUCAAAUGGUGUAGAAGAUAUAGAGAAGAUGCAGCAUAAUAAUGCCGAUUGUGAACCCUUCGAAUAUCAGUUUCUUGUGAAAAACAUUCUUGAAAUUAUAAAAAAUAUGUUGGAUGACAGCGAAAGUGAAAGUGACCUGCCUGAACAUAUCAAAAGCAAUGACGUGUCAUCUUCAAAGGAAUUAAUUUCUUCAUUACUUUUACAGUUGGAGGAAAUGAUGUCCGUACAAGAGCCUAAUGAGCUUAUAUACUUAAAGCAGCAAGAUGAUUCUUUGGAGGAAGAACACAAAACAUUGAAAACGGAUAGAGUCAUUGAAAUAUCAAUGAACAAAACCAGACAAUUAGAAGAUAAAAUGAAACAACUCGAAGCGGACAAUGAAAAACACAGAUCUUAUAAAGAUGAAGCGAUAAAAUACAAAGAAUUUCAAUUGAAGAUGAAGAAACAUGAAACAGAUCUGGAUAGACAAGCAAUGAGCUCGUUAGUUGUGGUUGCUAUUGAUUUUGGGACAACAUACUCAGGAUGGGCGUUUUCAUACAAGGAUGACUACAAACGAGAUCCUCUGAAGAUAACAACAAAUGCCAUUCAAAACACAAAUAUAUCACCUAAAGUUCCAACAUGCAUUCUUAUAAAUUCUGAUGGGGAAACGCCACAUUCUAUUGGUUAUGAAGCUGAGGACUAUUAUGCUGAAAUAUGCGAAAACGGGGAACAAUACCAAUGGUUCUUCUUCAAAAGAUUUAAAAUGAUGCUUUUUAGAGAAAAGGGCAUGACAAGACGUGAUACACUAGAAGAUGAGACUGGUAAGAAACUACCGGCUAUGAGGGUUUUCUCGCUUUUUAUUGAUUUCUUAAGAAAGGAUGUUCUUGAAAUUCUAAGCAAACAUAUUGAUGAGAGUUUUUUUGCGUCUGACAUACACUGGGUUCUUACUGUUCCAGCAAUAUGGAACGAUGCAGCUAAACAGUUUAUGAGAGAGGCAGCACAGCAGGCUGGGAUUCCAGGAAAGAACCUAAGUUUAUGUCUUGAACCAGAAGCCGCAUCUAUUUAUUGUCGUCAUCUUGCAGUGUCAAUGUGUACGACAUUGAUUUCUCCGUUUUCACCAGGAACAAAAUAUCUUGUCCUUGACGCAGGGGGAGGAACAGUUGACAUAACUGUACAUGAAGUUACUCAUAAUGGAAACUUGAAGGAACUUUAUAAAGCAAGUGGUGGUGCAUGGGGUGGAACAAAAGUAGAUGAAGCUUUUGAAGAAUUUUUAUCAAGAAUUGUUGGACCGGAAGUCAUCUCAAAAUUCAAAAGUGAAUGUUAUGAUGAUUACAUUCACUUGUUUUGUGAAUUUGAAAGCAGCAAACGCCAAUUUUUUCAAUCUACAAGGUCCGCCGUGACUAUGCGAAUCCCAAUUAGCCUUUAUGACUUAUGUAAUGUUUUCAAAAAAACGAACGUAAGGGAAUUAAUACGACAGUCUAGAUUUGAAAGCAAAGUCCGCCUUUUUGGCGGUAAGUUGAGGAUUGAUUGUGACGUCUUCAAUGAGUUUUUUGAACCAACCGUCCGCAAAAUAAUAAGUCAUGUUGAAAAUAUAUUGACGGAAUCUUCAGUUGAUGGUUGUGCUGCCAUUCUUAUGGUUGGUGGAUUUUCUGGAUCAUUGGUGUUGCAAGAGAAUGUAAAGUCCACAUUCAAAGAUCUUAAUGUAAUAAUUCCAGUCGACACAGAAUUAGCGGUUGUGAAAGGAGCUGUUAUCUUUGGACAUCAGCCUGCAACAAUUACUGAAAGGAUUUGUAAGUAUACAUAUGGGAACGAAACAACUCAUAGGUACAGUGAUAGAUGCAAUCAUCCAAAAGGAAGAGUUGAAAAAGAUGAAAAUGGUGACUUACGAUGUCAUGAUAUCUUUAGAAUUCAUGUCAAAACAGGACAGUCCGUCAAGUUGGAUGAAGAACAACCAGAAAGAAUAACAUGCCCUAUUACUGAUAAUCAAACUACUAUUGGUGUCGAUGUGUAUGUAUCCUCUUCAACAAAUCCACAGCUUACAACAGAAGAUGGAUGCAAUCACAUCGGAUCUCUUACGGUUCCUAUUUCUGACACAAGCUCUGGAAGAAACCAUAAAUUUGGAAUAAGUUUUAUUUUCGGAGGGACCGAGAUUGUUGUAAAAGUCGUUGACAAGGAAUCUGGUGAAAUGAUGCUAAAAUCUGUCGAUUUUCUUGGAUAG